UAGUAAUUAGUUCUCCAUCCACUACAAGAAUCACCUUAUCUCUCCAUUCACCAAAUCCACCUUAUAUCUCCAAUCUCCAAUUCGCUUCCAAGAGGGAUCGAACCCGGGUUACUUCACUUAAGUGAGGACCCGGUGGCCAGUGGGCUAAGCCCCCUGGUUUUUGAGCAAAUCAUUCAAUAUCGUGGACAAAUCAGAAUGACUAUAUAUAUACGGUCCAACGUUUUUUGUCAGGUUAAAAUUGUGAUGGCACUCCACGAUGAAAUAAGUCCGGCUAGGCAACGGCCGUUGAUGAUCCUUACUACGUUCCAAAACCUUUUAAGAAUGGUGCGUAUGGUCCCUCUGUUCAAGAAUUUGACUACAACAUCUAGCAUAUUUGUAUCGAGGGCGUGGUUUGGAGCUGCUUCAAAUUUAUUCACCUGCAUCCUUGCCUCUCAUGUGAUUGGAUCCUUCUGGUACCUAAGCUCGGUUGAGCGAACGUACAGAUGUUGGCGCAUCGCAUGCGAUAUUAAUCAGUGCAAUUUUGAUGAUUUGUAUUGUGGGCAAUCAAGCAUCUAUAAUUCCUUUCUUAUUUCAUCACCUUGCUCGCCUCUUGAGCCCAGUAAAUCAGACUUUGACUAUGGCAUUUUCGUUCAUGCUAUUAGCAUUCAACUUUGCCAAAACUUUUUCAGAAGAUUCUUCCAUUGCUUCAUUUGGGGGCUUAGGAAUCUGAGUUCCUUGGGACAAAACCUCGAAACGAGCAGCGCUGUGGGAGAGAAUCUUUUCGUAGUUGUCAUCUCUGUCAGUGGCUUGAUUCUGUUUUCCUUUCUUGCCGGCAACAUACAGAGGUAUUUGCACUCCGUGACUGUCAGGGAAGACGAGAUGUCGGUGAAAAUACGCGAGCAAGAGCAAUGGAUGUCGCGCUGCAUGCUCCCUCCGGCUCUGAGGGCGCGUGUAAGGCAGCACGAGCGAUUCAAAUGGCUAAAGAAUCGAGGGGUCGAUGAACAAUCUUUCAUCCGCGGUUUCCCAAAGGACUUGAAAAGGGACAUCAAGCGCCAUCAAUGCCUGAGUUUCCUCACCAGAGUGCCAAUGUUUGCAAAGUUGGACGAAACGCAGUUGGAUGCGUUGUGCUGUCGCCUGAAGCCCGUGCUCUACGCUGCAGGCAGCCAUGUUUUUUGCGAGGGGAAUCCUGUUGAUGAAUUGCUCUUCAUAAAGAAGGGGUUUUUGACAAUGGCUUCAAAUUCUGUUGGAACAAUUGUUGUCAAGGCCGGCGAGCUGUGCGGGGAGGAGCUGCUGGCGUGGGCUCUCGACCCCAACUCCUCGUCGUCCAGCCUUCCCAUCUCCACAACGACGUUGCAAGCCAUCAAUGAUGUGGAGGCCUAUUGCCUAAUGCCGGAUGAUUUGAAAUGCGUUUUAUCCCAACUCAGAAGCGAAGAGCAGCUGCAUCACAUCAUUAGAUACAGUUCCCAGCAGUGGAGGUCAUGGGGUGCCUGCAUCAUACAAGCAGCGUGGCGACGCUACUACUGGAGGAAGAUGAAGAGCUCCCUCAAACAAGCAGAAGCUCAAAUGCAAGCUGUUUCCUUUCCCAGAUUACUGCCUCAGAAGCCAGGCGAGUACGAUCUCGAGAUAGUUCGAAGAAAUUGAGGAUGUCAAGAUACUAUGUGGUAGAAUAUAGAUGAUUCUUUCCUUUCAGGGCUUGAAAGGGGUAUCACAUUAUAUGAAACUCAAGAAGAUAGUGCAUUUUCUCACAACAUAUUGCUUUUAGUUUACUAUGUUGUGGAAUGUGGUUGUUGGAGGAUGAAUAUGCCUUACUACUUCUCUUACACUCAUUUUCCAUCCAAUUUUCUUGAAUGAAUGUGUAGCUUCAAGCAGGCUCAUAAGCUCAUAUUGUAGCCUUAAAUGAAAAAUGCAACAUCAUUUAUUUUUCAGAAUUA